AUGGAUCAAGACGAUCGAGAUACCUUGGCUCUCAUACUUGUCCUUCGGAGAAGACGGCAGCAGCAGCAGCGGCAGCGCAUUCAUUGGGUCCACCCCAUCCAUCGAUUGCGCCGGACCCAUGGCGAGUUCCAUCGCUUGGUACAGGAGUUGCGCUUAGACAACUACCAGUUCCAGCGGUAUUUCAGGCUCUCAGUUGAGCAGUUUGAUGAUUUGCUCUCACGACUAUUGUUGAAUUAUAUUUUUUGUUUCUUUGUUUUUUACAGAUACCUUGCCACUGGUGAUUCCUUUAGAACCAUCAGUUUCAGUUACCGUGUGGGGCACUGCACAGUAGCCAGAAUUGUUGGCGAGGUGUGCAAGGUCAUCUGGGACUGCUUGGUAGAUGAGUUCAUGCCUGUGCCAAAGAAGGACGACUGGCGUGCCAUUGCUGAUAGAUUCCUCCAAGAGUGGAAUUUUCCGAAUUGUGUGGGAUCCAUUGACGGGAAGCACGUCGUCGUCCAGGCUCCCUCCAACUCCGGAUCGCUGUACUACAACUACAAGCACACAUUCUCCAUCAGGUUGCUUGCGGUUGUGGACGCAAAUCUCGUUUUCCGGAUGGUGGAUGUGGGUGGUUAUGGGCGGAACAGUGAUGGCGGAACUCUGUCCAACUCCCCUUUCGGUCAGGCCCUGAGGGAUGGCACGUUGGACCUGCCAGAAGACCGCGUCAUUCCUGGUGCAGAAGACAGGGGCCCGAUGCCAUAUGUCUUUGUGGCGGAUGAGGCCUUCCCACUGCGCUGCAACCUCAUGCGACCCUUCCCUGGCACGAACCUCGCCACAGGCAGGCGAGCAUUUAAUUACCGGCUAAGCCGUGCCAGGCUGGUAGUGGAGUGCGCCUUUGGAGGAUGA